UCCCGGACCGGCAGAGGCAGCUGUUUAAUAAUGAGGUCUGCGUGCUGUACUCUCACUACAAACAGAACUGUAGCAUUGAGGUUAUUCAAUUACUUAUUUCACAGACGACUGCCAGAUAUUUAUCCAUCAGAGUCCCAGAGGUCUCUGUGCCGUCGUCCGCUUUUGCAAUGCAUGUGCACGGAUUCACAGAGCUCUAAACUAUAUUACAUCACAACUCCCAUCUUCUAUGUCAAUGCAACUCCCCAUAUUGGCCAUGUGUAUUCAGCAGUGACUGCUGACUGUCUACACAGAUAUAAACUCUUAAAGGGAUAUGAUUCUAGAUUUGCCACAGGUACAGAUGAGCAUGGUCUUAAAAUCCAACAGGCAGCUGGCAUCGCUGGCAAAGACCCUCUGAGUUUCUGCACUGAGGUGUCAGAUAGUUUCAAAGAUGUUUUCCAAAGAUGUGGCAUUUCGUACACUGACUACAUUCGAACAACAGAACAAAGACAUCGUCGGGCUGUUGAACACUUCUGGACGGUUCUCCAUAGCAGGGGGUUCAUCUAUAAAGGCACUUAUGAAGGAUGGUAUUCCACUCCAGAUGAAAGCUUUCUCACACCAACUCAAGUCACUGACAGCACAGACUCAACGGGAAGCGAGAUCAAAAUAUCUACUGAGAGUGGCCACAAGGUGGAAUGGAUGAAGGAGGAGAACUACAUGUUCCGUCUAUCAGCAUUCCGCAGUGAACUGCUCCAGUGGUUCAGACUGAAUCCAAAAGUCAUCCAGCCUGUAAAGUUUCACCACUUGGUUCUUCAGUGGCUGGAGGACGACCUGCCCGACCUGUCUGUAUCUCGUCAGAAAAGCCGUCUUCAGUGGGGUAUCUCUGUGCCUGGAGAUCCAGAGCAAACCAUCUAUGUGUGGUUGGACGCUCUGGUGAACUACUUAACAGUUGUUAGCUUCCCGCAGAAUCACGCUCAGCGUUGGACAGCUGCGCAUCACGUCAUCGGUAAAGAUAUUCUUAAAUUUCACGCUAUAUAUUGGCCUGCGUUUCUUUUAGCUGCAGGGUUACCGCUGCCUCAGAAGAUAUACGUGCACUCUCACUGGACAGUAGAAGGAAAGAAAAUGUCUAAGAGCCUCGGCAACGUGGUUGACCCACGAGAAGCCAUGAAGAAGUUCACAGUGGACGGCCUGCGCUACUUUCUCCUGAGGCAAGGGGUUCCUGACUCAGACUGUGACUACUAUGAUGACAAAGUCAUUAAGAUGUGUAACAGUGAACUUGCAGAUGCCCUUGGUGGGCUUCUGAACCGUUGCACUGCUCUCUCACUUAACCCCAAGCAGGUGUAUCCACAGUUCUGCAACAUCUGUUUCCCAAAGGAAUCAACUGAGGGACUUGAAGGAAAAGCGGUCUGGGACGACUACAGAAUGCUUGAGGCCGUGUAUGCUCUUCCUGGUUUAGUUGAGCAACACUUUGAGCUUCUACAAGUGUAUAAAGCAUUGGAAGCCAUUACGGCAUGUGUGCGUCAGACUAAUGGAUUUAUCCAAAGACAUGCACCAUGGAAACUCGAUCAGAAUGAAAGCAAAGACAAGCGAUGGCUUCAUACUAUCCUUCAUGUGUCACUAGAAUGUCUUAAGAUAUACGGUAUACUCCUGCAACCUGUGGUGCCUGACCUAGCAGAUAAAAUUUUAUCUAGGUUGGGGGUGAAGACAGAAGAGAGGGACUGGGAUUCUCUUCGCUUCCUGGUGAAAUACGAAGGUAGAGACUGUACUUUGGAAGGACGAGCAUUGGGGCCUGAUUUGGGAAUACUGUUUAGUCGUCUUGACAGGAGCCAAGUGAUUUCUAAAAAGACAACACGACAGCAGUCGAAACCUUAAUAACCACUUCUGAGGUGUUGAUUUAAAGGGAUAGUUCAUCCAAAAAGGAAGAAUUGUAAUUUAUCUGGCCUCAUGUUGUUUAAAGCUGUAUGACCUUUUUCAGUGGAGCACAAAAGAUGAUAUUUUGAGAAAUGUCUCAAUGCUUUUGUGUCCAUACAAUGAAAGUCCGUGGAGCAACAGUUGUUUGGCUACCAACGUUCUUAAGAUAUCUCUUGUGUUCUGCAGAAGAACACAUACGUGUUUGGAAUGACA